AUGGGUAUGGCUAAUCAAGAAGCGAUCAAGCAGUUUCAGUCUCUGAUGGACAAAGUGGAUGAGCCGCUGAAGAAUAGUUUCAAGAAUGUGCACCAGGGAUUUCUAACUGAAACUUUGACAAGAUUUCUUAAAGCGCGAGAAUGGAAUGUUGCCAAGGCUCAUAAAAUGGGUCUCCCGGUUAUUGCUGUUGGUGUGGGGCAGAGCACCUAUGACAAAGCUUCUGUACAUUACUAUGUGCAGUCCCACAUCCAAAUGAAUGAAUACCGGGAUCGUGUAGUAUUGAUAAUGGAUGUUAACUCACUCCCUCACUUCUGUAAACAAAGGGGUUCUGGUUCUUCUCGUGUUGUUGCUGCUGCAAAUGGAACCACCACCACCACAAACUGCUACUCGUUAGAUCAUGCCUUCCACCAGCAGCUCUACAACUAUGUUAAGCAACAAGCUGAGCAGGAGGAAUCCUAUUCACGACUUCUCAAACAAGGCUCGGUCCAUGUGAAUUUCCCUGCGCCUGACCCCGAAGGUGCCAUGAUCGCGACGAGGAUAGAGUCCGAGCUCCACAAGCUAGGUGAUUCCAAUGGUUUCAACAACUCGUUCAGCAGACUCCAGGUGAAUGGCAUGUGAAAAGAGCUGAAACAAGGAAUGAAUGAACAUAUAGGGAUAUUUAAUUUAUUUACUGAUUUCUCACCAAUAUUAAGUGGACUAGAGAGAGGCAGAGAGAUCCAGGCCUCCGCAAAACUCGAGAAAGAUGGUGAAAGUUGUCGACUUUGUACUAAGGUUAUUGAGUGUGUAGCCUUUCAAUUUGUUGCAUCAGCUCGAUGCACAUCUUGCAGAGUAAGUUGAGGGGCUAAGACGAGAAACAUCUUAGGGUGGAAUGAUCUUCUUGUGACCUCCCUCUAUAUUAUUUUAUAAGGAAUUACUUGCUUCAGAAGAGCUUUACUCAUUUUGCACAUUGUCUUGGAGCCACUUUCAUCAGAAGAGCUUUAAUUAAUCCUUCUUAGCCACAUUUUGGUUCUUGAACUUAAAAUGGGAUUAAAGACAAAUUUCCUUGAUUUUUUU